AUGCGACGCGACAGAAGGAAGGAAAAGAACGAGGGAGACCGAGGGGGAGAGACGGAGAUGGGGACGGAUGUCGGCAGAACGAUGAUCCCGCUUAUGUCUGCGACAGGAACAUCGGAUACCCCAGCUUCCGGUGGUCAAGGGGACAUUCAACCGACUCAUAAUGAGGGAAUUCAACCGACUCCGCAGGUGACCUCGAACGGCAUCGACCCAACGGCCCAGUCGCAGAACAGCCCGCCAGAAACGCUCACCGACCAUCGGGAUAUACGAGAAGGCAGUAUGGAGGCACAAUCACAUGAUGGAUCACAGGAACCCGUUGCAGAGCCCCGUGGUGGGGGACCAGCACCUGCCGAUGUCGAUCCUACGGACGCAACACCCAAACCAGAACCACUAUCUGGGAGGAUGAAGGGACUCUCCAUAUCCACCGACACAUCGUCCCGGGCCUCGUCAUCCGGAACCGACAAGCCCCCUCCGCCACCGGAAAAAGAUGACGCUUACCUUGCACCCAAACCUCAGUCUACACUGCCUCCCCCGUCGCCAACGAAGCUACCCUCUGAGUUGACGGAGAAGGAACUGCCGGAUGUCCCGGGAGGACAAGAGCAAGCGGAGAGUUCUAUCAAGAAUGAAGGAGGUUUACGAGAGGACGACUCCCAACCGGAGAUCCAAAACAUUAUGGGACAGUUUCAGGAUUCCGCAGACGGUGGAGAUCAGGAACAGAUCAUGUCGCCUCGGUUAGAGCUAGCCGAGCAGUUCCUGAGCGGACAAAGCUACUUUCCUCCGCGACAGUCAAGUUUGGAUCAGGCGGUGACGGCUGGUGAUUGUGCUACUGCACAAGUCCCCAGACCGGCUGAAACUGCUUCGCACGAGAAACCGCCCGCGCCGGUUCCUAGGAACCUGCACAGGACCUCUAUCAUGGAACAAACGGUAUCGUCCCGACGCUCAUCCACUUCGACUAUUCCUCCGCCGCCCGAACCCGAGCCUGACCAACCGUUCGACUUCCAUCGAUUCUUGGAGCAGCUGCGACAUCGCACGGCGGACCCGGUAGCCAAGUUUCUUCGCUCGUUUCUCCAUGAGUUUGGGAAAAGGCAGUGGAUGGUUCACGAGCAGGUCAAAAUUAUCAGCGACUUUCUGGCAUUUAUCACGAAUAAGAUGGCUAUGUGUGAUGUCUGGCGUGACGUGUCGGACAGCGAGUUCGACAACGCCAAGGAAGGAAUGGAGAAGCUCGUAAUGAACCGACUAUAUUUCCAGACAUUUUCUCCGACUAUACCCGCGCCGCCAUCUAUUCCCAGGAGCGCGAGUAGAAGCAAGCGAAGAGAGCUAGAGCGGCUUCACGGGCCAUGGCGCCGUGGCCAGCACCAGGAAGACAUCGAGCGGGAUGAGGUGUUGGCUCAAAAGAUGCGAAUCUAUCGUUGGGUUAAGGAAGGGCACCUUGACAUACCCCCUGUAGGCAAUCAGGGCGCUCGGUUUUUGAAUCUUGCUCAACAAGGUGAGUCAACCUCAAACCUGCGGUUCAAGGCAUCUUGUUUCUCACCCAAACCAGAAAUUUCCAAGAUCAAUGGCUACCGUGCGCCUCGGGACAAGGUUAUCUGCAUACUGAAUUGCUGCAAGGUUAUCUUCGGUCUCCUUAAGAAUACGAAAAAGGCCGACACAUCUGCCGAUUCCUUCAUACCCCUUUUGAUCUACGUGGUGCUACAGGCCAACCCCGAGCACUUGGUUUCUAAUAUCCAAUAUAUCCUUCGCUUCCGGAACCAAGAUAAGCUUUCGGGAGAGGCCGGAUAUUAUCUGUCUUCGCUGUCCGGGGCCAUUCAAUUCAUCGAAACGCUGGAUCGAACCAGCUUGACGGUUAGUGACGACGAAUUCGAGCGCAAUGUCGAAGCGGCCGUGUCCGCCAUUGCCGAGCAGAAUCGCAAGACGGAAUCUGUCGACCAGAAGAAGAGCUCCGAGCGACCAGCCGAAAGUUCGCAGGCGGCACCGGCGCGAACUUCGACAGACACCCAGCGAGGCCGACGGGAGGCAGCACAAUCCAGCGACGAGGAUACAGCACCGGUGGCCGGAAUCCUGCGCUCGAUUCAGAAACCGCUGUCGACCAUUGGGAGGAUCUUCUCCGACGAACCCGACUCGCCCGUAGAACCACCGACGCAGCCCGCGGCUACUCCGCAACCGGGAGCGCGGCUGAACCCGAACGUGUAUCAGCCUCCGCGUAGCAGCGGCGAAGAACGACGAUCGAGUGAGCGACUGCGCCAGGCCAUGGACGCUCAAGAUGUCGCCGCCCACCAGGCCAGUGCCGAGGACGCGGAAGCGCGGAGAAUUCAACGGGCGGAGCAUACCAACGUAGUGGAGACCUUAUCCAACAUGUUUCCGAAUCUCGACCGCGACGUGAUCGAUGACGUGGUCAAGAUCAAGGAGGGCCGGGUUGGGUUAGCGGUGGAUGCAUGUCUUGCUCUGAGCGCCGAAGUUGAUCAUCAAUCCAAACAAAUACAUCACUCUCAAUUCCUCGGCCUACCAGACCUCAAAAUGCCUCACUUCACCAACGAGCCCGAACCUCAACCGAAUCCCUCGACGUCGACCACUGCGUCGACUGGCAGCAACGCGGAACAUACCAACGCGCCUGAGCACACGGGAGAGCAGCAGCCGCUGAGCAAGGAAGAAGCGGAUCGAUUGUACGAGGAGCGCAUGGAAGAGGAAUACGCGAAGAGGGAGGGAGGUGCUUAA